UCGCCGUGUCCGGUCCUCCGAGGAGUUAUACAAAGCCAGGCCCAUGUGUAAUGCCAUCCCGGGAUUAAGUGACUAUCAGAAACAUUUCAUACCUUAUCUCUGGACUGAAUUUGACACCUUUUUGGUCAGAUAUCAAUUUUUCCUCUCUUUAAUCUUCCAUUGCUGCAAACUUCAGGAAAAGACUGCAGGUUUAUUUGUCAGCUACCUAGGUAGUUUGCUCCAGUCAUAAUUACGUCCAAGUCUCCAGUUAAAAAUUCCCGAGAGGCAACUCCCACUUCGACCAGAAUAUCCUGCCAUCGAUAGGCUCUCACACUUCCAACGAGGGCAUCUCCUCCUCUACCUCAUACAACAUCUCCUCAAAUAACCAGCACUAUGAGUGCCAUUCUCUCCGCCGACGACCUCAACGACUUCAUCUCUCCUGGCGUCGCUUGCAUCAAGCCCGUCGAGACUCUCCCCGCUGCCCCGCCCCCGCAAUCUCUCGAGACCGAAGUUAUACUUGACGGCCAACAGCCCGCUACGAAUUCGAAUGCGCCUGCUCAGAUCUCCCUCACAGACUGUCUAGCCUGCUCUGGAUGUGUUACAUCUGCCGAGGCUGUCUUAGUGAGCCUCCAGAGCCAUGCCGAAGUCCUCGCAACUCUUGAUUCAGCCCCAGCCCUGAAGUUGGUGACAGACGAUAGUGGCAAGUUCAGAGUGGAAGGGCUCGAGGAAGAGAACGCAAAGCUCUUCGUUGUCAGCGUGAGCCCUCAAACAAGGGCCAACUUAGCGGCAGCAUGUGGCGGAGGUGUAUCAGAAGGCGAUGCCGGGCACAUGCUGGACAACCUCUUUCGUGGUCCCUCUGGAAUCGCUAGUGGCGGCAAAUACAAUAACGAGUUCACAUGGGUGGUUGAUACCAAUACUGCCAGAAAGGCAGCCCUCGUUCUUGGAGCAGAUGAAGUUCUUGGCACCUCUCAGACCGGAACCGCAACCCCAGUCAAACCCAUAUUAUCCUCGUCCUGCCCCGGUUGGGUGUGCUAUGCGGAAAAGACACACCCCCACGUUCUACCCCAUAUUUCAAAGGUGAAGUCACCACAGGCCCUAAUGGGCACAUUACUAAAAACAACACUGAGCCGAAAGCUGGGUAUUGCACCUGGCCGCAUCUGGCAUCUGGCUGUUAUGCCCUGCUUUGACAAGAAACUGGAGGCAAGUAGAGAGGAGUUGACUGAGGAAGUCUGGGCGGAAGGGGAUACCGGGGGACGCGGGGUUCGCGACGUUGACUGUGUUAUUACAAGCAAGGAGAUUCUCAUGCUCGCCGAGUCAAGAGGUCUCAACUUCUUCAAUCUCCCCAAGACACCGCUGCAGAGCAAAUGUCUAACCCCGUUCCCUGAUCCAAAGCUCCACGAGUUUCUUUUCCCCCGUACACGGACCGGAAAUUCACCUCGCGAGGCUGGCACUUCAGGGGGUCUUCUAUAUCAUAUCCUCAAGAGCCGGGUGGCACAGAGUCCUGGCGCAGAGAUUGUGCAUACACGCGGCCGUAACGUUGAUGUUGCUGAGUACUCAAUAUUGGUGAAUGGCGAGCCAGUCUUCCGUGCUGCCCGAUAUUAUGGCUUCAGAAACAUCCAAAACCUCGUUCGAAGACUAAAGCCGGCCAGGCCGUCUCGAAUGCCUGGUGGCAAGCCUUUUGGAAGUGCUCGGAAGCCUGCAGGCAAGGCUGCCUCUCUGGAGUAUAGUUAUGUCGAAGUCAUGGCAUGCCCUGGCGGCUGUACAAAUGGCGGCGGCCAAAUAAAAGCUGAUGACCCUGUUGUCAUGGAAAGAAAGAAUUACUCCGGAAAUCCAGGCCCCCAAGAGCAAAAGAUGUGGUUAUCAGAGGUUGACGAGGCAUAUUUCUCUGAAGACGAGAUGGGCACUGAAGAUUCCGUUGUUGGGACUGCCGAGACUGUUGGUGGCAUUUCCCACUCAUAUAUAAACGAUACCCUGGCGCAUUGGGCGGAAGUUACAGGCAUUGGCUUAGACAGACUGGCGUUUACAACAUAUCGUGAAGUUAUUAGCGAUGUUGGAAAGGACAAAACGACGGAUGAGACCGUGGUGCAGCUAGCCGGAAAGAUUGGAGGUGGGUGGUAGAAGCAAAACAUGUCGAUAGAAAUAAUCAACUGCCCCUGUUGCCUCGAUGAGCGAACCCGAAUCCUCCUCGGCCACUUCCGUCUGGUCCUUUUGGUGAUCGAAUUGGUGCCCGUGGUUGCAAUUGCUGCUGCUCAUCUCGAGGAGUUGCACUCCUACCAGGUGAUGGAUGAUCUGGCUGGCGUCUUUGAGGAGGAUGUUCGGGUUUUGGGCUGAAGUUGGGGUCGAAUAGUUCGCGCCCCGAGCCUGACAUGUUCUGCAUUCUUCGUGGGGCAUCAAACGCACGAUUUUCAGGCUGGCGGUUGUCGAUCUGUCGCGUGUCGUUAUUCCUGUAACCGCCCCUUCCUCGGCCACGGCCGCGACCAGCGUAUCCAUCUAUCUUGGGCGGGGUGACUGUGCCAGGUGAUGAGGCUCCUGAGGAUGGUGUUGAUUCUCCGAAGAUCUUGGCUCUGGCUUCUUCGUAUCGACGUUGCUUUUCUUCUCUGUCUCGCUUCUGCUUUGCUCGCACUUCUUCUGGGCUCAUCGGCACCUCCUUCUUUGUUUCGUUAUCGUCAUCUAAUGAAAGGCUGGACAUCCCUGCUGUAGCAUCGCGCUUGGCGAUGAUGGGCUUUCGGCUGAGCACUUUGACUUGUGGUUUGAACGGGGUUGUGAGAGGAAUUCCCGAGUUUGAACCAGCCUCGAUGUAGUGGAAGGUUUGUGGUGUGUCGCUGUUGCAAGGAAUCCUCAAUGUUAGUAACACCUAGACAUGUUGCUGAGGUUGGAGGGCUUACGCAGAUUCCCACAACUUGCGAUUCUGCUCAGCGUGUUGCGCCAGGCGCUCCGAUUUGGACAAAGGCACUGGCUGUGUUGGCUGUUCGGGUUCACUGGCCAUCUUGUCUGCCUGAGCCUCCCAAUCAUCCUCCCAGGCGUCAGGGAUCACUGCGGUAUUCUUGCCCAUGGCGAAGAGCUUUUUCUUGCGCAAGGAUCAAUCUUGCUUAUUGUGUAUAUGUCAACGCCGUCGUCUUCGUCGGGGGAAAAGAUGCUUGAUAGUGUUAUUGGAGAUCGUGAAGUUGGGCAUGGAGUUGAGAAGGUUCAGCCAACAAUUAAUAUUUGUUCGGUUGGGUUAGUAGAUUGGAAAAGAAAGAAAAGGACGGGCAAUGCUGGUGGGUUUUUGGUUAAGUUAGGCCCAAAAGCUGAGCUGAGCUGGCUUAAAAUGGAUUCACGACGUCAGGCACCUGCAUUGUCUAGGGUUUUUUAUUUAGGCGUUUUCUGCUCAAGGCCCCGAGUCUCGGUACGUAGUUUAGCUCAAAGCAGGGAUACCAAGACAAACAGAGAAAGAAAUAAAAAUCGUCUGUAUGCAUA